CAUAACCCAUAGCCUUCUCCACUAGAGUAUUUAAGAGCCUGUAAGAAAGAGAAAACAGCCACAGGAAAAAGUCCCAGCGUCCUGGAACUUUAUGGUCAGAACAGAUCAUUUUUCUGGAAGACAAGGCCGUGGUAUUUUCACUGAAAAAGUGUUAAGUCCUUUCAUCCUCUGUGAAAAGGGAAAAAAAUCUGGUCGCCAUGCAGACAGGCAGUGUUCUACAGAAGUUCAGAGGACUCUGUUGUAUUACGUGGCUGCUGCUGUGCCUUCUUGCUCAGUACGAAAAUGGUGGAAAGGUCCUGGCUUUAUCUUCAUCAGCCAAACCCUACAAAACCAGUGUGACUUUUGAUCCAAAGACGGCGCACCCAAAUCUUGUGGUGUCUCAAGACAAGAAGACGGUCACAUGGGUCCAGGAAGCCCAAAGUGUGCCUGACAACCCAGAGAGAUUCAACAGCACCCCUUGCUUGCUGGGUUCCCCAGGGUUCACAUCUGGGAAACAUUACUGGGAAGUGGAGUAUGGGAACCAGAGAGAGCUCGCAGCGGGGGUGGCCCGGAAGUCUGUGAAGAGGAAGGACCACCUCCGACUUACUCCAGAGGAAGGGAUUUGGCAAGUGGGUCGCUGGUGGCUUCGGCGAGGGGGGCCUGAAAACCAAAGUGACUCAGGAAAGAUUGGCGUCCUUCUGGAUUAUGGAAGGAAUCAGGUGACUUUUUAUAUGGAUAAUAAAGUCACUGUAGUCCGGGCCUCAUUCAAUGGGGAGGAGGUUUUCCCCUUCUGCUACGUGGGGUCCACUGUUUCCCUCCGUUUAAAUCCCUGAGCUUCCAGGGGUGACCAGGGGAAGGUCUCCAAGAGAAAGCGACAUUAGGCUGUUUCAGCAUGUAUUUCAACAAUAAAAAUAAAACAGUCGUGCCCCUUCUCCUUCCAGACUAACAGAUUUAUUUAAUGUGAGUUUUCACAGGCUACAAUCUGUCUCCUCAGACAGAAGGCGUGCAUUUGGAAGACGUCCUUAUAACGGCAGACG